ACGAUCCUCUCGACGUGAAUCCAUAAAUGAACGGUGGGCUCGGCGGCCGCACCAUGGCGCACCGGCCCCUGAUUGGCUCGGUGCUGCGCCGGAAUAAACCCACUCGGCGUAUAUAUGAGGCGGUGAGGUGUGACACUUCCAAGAAAGCGAGCAAAGCCUCACGCUUAAAAAAAAAACAAAAAAAAAACAACAACAACAAAAAGAAGCUUCAACAGGCCAAGCAGGAGGACGAUGAGGGCGCAGAUCCAAAAAGUUCCGCAGAUCGUGGAACUGCUGAGGAAGAAGUCCGUGGGGCUGCAGCAGCUCAAGCCCACGUCGUCGGUGUGCGUCCUGGAGGGGAAGGAUGCUGUGGAGGCUGCGCGCUGCCCGCACGCCUCCCCCUCCUCCUUCCCCCAGGGGGCGCACAGUCUGGAUGCCAUUCCCGGACCCACCAACUGGCCUCUGGUCGGCAGCCUGGUGGAGCUCCUGCGCAAAGGAGGACUCACCAGACAACACGAAGCGCUGGUGGACUAUCACAAAAGGUUCGGUAAGAUCUUCCGCAUGAAGCUGGGCUCCUUCGAGUCGGUGCACAUAGGCGCGCCUUGCCUCCUGGAGGCGCUCUACCGCAAGGAGGGCGCGCACCCGCAGAGGCUGGAGAUCAAACCCUGGAAAGCUUACAGGGACCUGCGGGACGAGGCGUACGGGCUCCUCAUCCUUGAGGGGAAAGACUGGCAGAGGGUGAGGAGCGCCUUCCAGCAGAAGCUGAUGAAGCCGACAGAGGUGGUGAAGCUGGACGGCAAAAUCAACGAGGUGAUGGAAGAAUUUGUGGACAGAAUUGGAAAAAUCAGCGUGGAUGGGAAGAUUGGAGACUUGUACUUCGAACUCAAUAAAUGGUCUUUUGAGACCAUUUGUCUGGUGCUUUACGACAAGCGCUUCGGUCUGCUGCAGGAGAAGGUCGACGAGGAGGCCACCAACUUCAUCACCGCCGUCAAAACGAUGAUGAGCUCGUUUGGCAUGAUGAUGGUGACGCCCGUAGAGCUCCACAAGAGCCUCAACACCAAAACAUGGCAGGACCACACCGCCGCUUGGGACCGCAUCUUCAGUACAGUCAAAGUUUACAUCGACAAGAAGUUGAAGCGGAGCUCCCCGGGAGCGCCGGACGACUUGAUCGGCGACAUCUUGCAGCACAGCAGCCUGUCCAAGAAGGAGCUGUACGCCGCCAUCACCGAGCUGCAGAUCGGCGGCGUGGAAACGACCGCCAACAGCAUGCUGUGGGCUAUUUUCAACCUGUCGCGGAACCCCGCCGCCCAGAGGGAGCUGCUGAGCGAGAUCGCGAGAGUGGUGCCCGCCGACGGGCACCCGUGCGGAGAACACCUGAAGAGCAUGCCCUACCUCAAAGCCUGCCUCAAAGAGUCCAUGAGGUUAUCGCCAUCCGUUCCAUUCACAAGCAGGACCCUGGACAAAGACACUGUGUUGGGCGAUUACGCCAUUCCCAAAGGAACAGUUCUGAUGAUCAACAGCCACGCCAUCGGCGUCAACGAGGAGUACUUCGACGACGGCAAGCGCUUCAAGCCCGAGCGCUGGCUGCGCGAGAACAGCACCAUCAACCCCUUCGCCCACGUCCCCUUCGGCAUCGGCAAGAGGAUGUGCAUCGGCCGGCGGCUGGCCGAGCUGCAGCUUCAGCUGGCCCUGUGCUGGCUGGUACGAGACUACGAGAUCGUGGCGACGGACGACGAGCGUCUCGAUGUCAUCCACUCGGGAUUAUUGAUUCCCAACAGAGAACUGCCGGUGGCCUUCGUCAAGAGAUGAGGCGCUGUGUUCCUCCCAACGGAAAGAUGGCACCGCUGCUGCACCACUGACUCCCAGUAUUGCUGCUCUGUAAAUAGAAAAACAUAAAAUUGCUUAACAUGUAAUCACGCCAUGAAUACCUCAAACUUAUUUAAAACUAUUACUCAAGAAUGUGGAUGGGCAAAAUACCAGUUAUUGUGUACAAAUUGAGCUUAGGCAGCUGUCUUUAAAUCUUAUUAUUAACGUCCUGUAUGUAGAUGUUAAACUAUAACUAUAUGUUGUUUAUUUUUUAUUGUGUAUAUAAAGUGCAAUUACGAUGUACAUUAUUUACGUAGACAUAUUCGUGUGAAUAAAAACAUGAAAAAAAAAUAAAACAAAGCAUUCUUGUUCUUUUCAAACCAACAAAUCUUGUCAAGUAUUUAGGACAUUAUGUAUACAUUUGUCGUGCCUGUGUUUAUUUUAUUUUCAUUGUGUAUAUUAUGUGCGAUUUUAUUCAU